UGUGUCUGUGUGUGUGUGUGUGUGUGUGUGUGUGUGUGUGUGUGUGUGUGUGUCUUCACUGCAGCUGACCAGCACACAAGCGACGUGCGCACCAGAGGCGACGUACACACCAGAACACGGCCACUGACAAACACCUGAGUCAGGAUGCAGACGGGCUACAACAAGGUGUCGGCCCGCAGCGAGGAGGAGGCGGCGGCGGCGUGCAGGAAGCAGCGCUACGUGCGCAAGGAAGGCAACUGCGAGGUGGUGUUCCGCCACGUGCCGGCCGAGUGGUUGCUGUUGGUGACGGACAUCUUCACCACGCUGGUGGAGAUCCGCUGGAGGGUGAUGUUCCUGCUCUUCGCCCUGUCCUACAUCCUGUCCUGGCUCUUCUUCGGGAUCCUCUUCUGGGUCAUCGCCCUGGCUCACGGGGACACGGCGGACCCCAAGACGGCGCCGUGCGUCUACGAGGUGCGCAGCUUCACCGCCGCCUUCCUCUUCUCGCUGGAGACGCAGACCACCAUCGGCUACGGCGCCAGGGGGAUGUCGGAGAACUGCACGGCGGCCAUCUUGGUGGUCACCGUUCAGGACGUGGUCAGCUGCCUGAUCGACACCUUCGUCAUCGGGGUGGCCGUCUCCAAGAUGGCGUCCGCCAGGAAGCGGGCGCAGACGGUGGGCUUCAGCAGCUGCGCCGUGGUCAACUUCCGCGACGGCCACCUGUGUCUCUCCUGGAGGGUGGGCGACUUCCGCCGCCACCACCUGGUGGAGGGCACGGCACGCGCUCAGAUCGUGCACUCCGCCGUGCACGCCACCGGCAAGGUGGACAUGACCUACAAGGACCUUGGCCUCCAGCAGCCGGACGUGGUCCUGGUCACGCCCGCCACCAUCUGCCACCGCAUCGCCGCCAGCAGCCCGCUCUACGGGAUGAGUCCGGCCCGGCUGCGGCGCUCCCACUUGGAGGUGGUGGUGUCCUUCACCUACACCGACGACAGCACGGGGACGCUGCACCAGACCCGCACCUCCUACACGCCGCACGACAUCCUCUGGGGACACGUCUUCCAGGAGAUGAUCCGCGCCACCAAGAGGCGCUACACCGUGGACUACCACCUCUUCCACCAGACCGCCAAGGUGCUGAUGCCCGAGCUCAGCGCCCAGGUCUUCCGGCUCAAGAAGCGCUCGCCGCGGCCGGGAUCGUCUCCCGACUCGCGUCGCCCUGGCAACCUACUCCACCCGCCCCUGGUGACGGUGCGGUCGGCCGAGGAAGAGCGCCCGGCCGAGACCAUCCCACACCCUGACGUGCUAACGCCAUCUGACGUGCUAACGCCGCCUGACGUGCUAAUACCACCUGUUGACCUAACACCGUCUCACAUGCUAACGCUGCCAGUCCCGCUGAUGUCACCUGACAUGCUAACAUCGCCUGUUGCGCUAAUGCCACCUGAUGCCACACGCAGAGAAAUGUGAAGCCUCACAUAACCAAGAUGACCUGUUGCGCUAACACCCUCUGACAUGCUAGCACCACUUGUUUGGCUAACACCCUCUGACAUGCUAGCACCACUUGUUUGGCUAACACCCUCUGACAUGCUAGCACCACCUGUUGCGCUAACACCCUCUGACAUGCUAGCACCACCUGUUGCGCUAACACCCUCUGACAUGCUAGCACCACCUGUUGCACUAACACCCUCUGACAUGCUAGCACCACCUGUUGCGCUAACACCCUCUGACAUGCUAGCACCACUUGUUGCGCUAACACCCUCUGACAUGCUAACGCUGCCUGUUGCAUUAACGCCACAUGCAUGCUAACACCACCUGUUGCGCUGACAUCCCAAUGUGCCUGUUGCACUAAUGUCACCUGACAUGCUAGCACCGCCUGUUACGCUAACACCAUCUGACAUGCUAAUAUCACUUGUUGCGCUAACACCCUCUGACAUGCUAGCACCACCUGUUGCGCUGACAUGCCAAUGGCACCUGUUGCGCUCACGCCACCUGACAUGCUAAUAUCACCAGUUGCACUAACACCCUCUGACAUGCUAGCACCACCUGUUGCGCUGACAUGCCAAUGGCGCCUGUUGCGCUCACGCCACCUGACAUGCUAAUAUCACCAGUUGCACUAACACCAUCUGACAUGCUAAUAUCACCUGUUGCGCUAACACCCUCUGACAUGCUAGCACCACCUAAUGCGCUGACAUGCCAAUGGCACCUGUUGCGCUCACGCCACCUGACAUGCUAAUAUCACCAGUUGCACUAACACCCUCUGACAUGUUAGCACCACCUGUUGCGCUGACAUGCCAAUGGCGCCUGUUGCGCUCACGCCACCUGACAUGCUAAUAUCACCAGUUGCACUAACACCAUCUGACAUGCUAAUAUCACCUGUUGCGCUAACACCCUCUGACAUGCUAGCACCACCUGUUGCGCUGACAUGCCAAUGGCGCCUGUUGCGCUCACGCCACCUGACAUGCUAAUAUCACCAGUUGUGCUAACACCCUCUGACAUGCUAGCACCACCUGUUGCGCUGACAUGCCAAUGGCGCUUGUUGCGCUCACGCCACCUGACAUGCUAAGACCACAUGUUGCACUAACACGUAUCUGACAUGUUAGCACCGCCUGUUACGCUAACACCAUCUGACAUGCUAAUAUCAGCAGUUGCACUAACACCCUCUGACCUGCUAACAUCGCCUGUUGCGCUAAUGUCACCUGACCUGCUAACAUCGCCUGUUGUGCUAAUGCCACCUGAUGCGACACGCAGAGAAAUGUGACGCCUCACACAGCCAAGAUGAACAUCAGCACCUGACAUACAAGUUCCGCCUGUUGCGCUCACACAUCUGACGUGCUAGUAUCACCUGUUGCGCUAACACCCUCUGACAUGCUAUCGCUGCUUGUUGCGCUAACACUAUCUGACAAGGUGCUGUGAAGAGUGUGAGUCCAGAGUGUUGACAACAAACAUGAGAUGAUCUAAGAUGAGUAGGACAGGAAGUGUGUUAGCAGUCAAUAAAGUCACAAUGUUGAUAGCAAAACAUGAAAGAGUUGCAGGAUUUCACAAUAAAAGCAUGAAGGCUGA